CUUUCGCGUCCAAAGAAAUGUAGUUCUCUUUGGAUUCGAGAUUUCGGAGAUAUUGAAGAGCAGAAACAAGUUUGAUCAUCCGCCUUUCUUUCUCGGAAACCACACAAUAAAACCACGAAGACCACUUUAAUCAACGAUUUCGCCUUAACAUACCUCCAUGAUUCCCGUUUCCUUGAUGCAUGUACGAAACCCAGCGAUAAAUUGAUGCCAUCGAGCGGACUAGUGGCAAUCGUCAAUCGAAAAAUAAAAUCCGCCCUUCCGACCGGUCGCGCAUCAUCACAGCCACUUUCCUGCCGCCCUCCCUACCUGCCGCAACAAUGACGUCCUCCGACGUGCGAGACGUCCUCAACCUCCCCGACAGCCACGCAGGCCCCCGACCGGCGAAGAAACAAAAGACAUCAGGCCCGCGCCCGAAUCUCAAGGGUCUUGCCCGUGAGGUCCAGAAUCUGGGCGGCGACAACCCGAUCGCCAUCGUCCCCGAAGUAUCGAUAUUCAAGAAGCGGCGAUUCGCGAGCAGGAAGCCGGCGACAAAAUGGGAACUCAAGCCCUUCACAAACUCGGCACGGGGCGACAGCGGCGCAUUAGUGCUGAAGCACUGGAAACGCAAGACACCAACGGCUACGGAAAAUGGGCAACAAGGUGGCGAUGCCGACAUGAAGGACGCGGAAGGAGAACAGGCGGCGGUUAAACCCGAGAACUCCAUGUUUGCGAAAUUCAACGUGGAGGUGGAUGUGCCACAGUACAGCGAAGACCAGUAUCGAACGAACCUGCAGAACGACGACUGGAGCAAGGAGGAGACGGAUUACCUGCUAGGUCUGGUGAAGGACUUUGACCUGCGGUGGCCGAUCAUAUGGGACCGAUACGACUACUUACCAGAGGCGAUCAACGGAGAGGCGUCGGCAGACGGGGACGAGAGUAAGGCUAUCAUCCCCGUGCCGAAGCCAAGGACGAUGGAGGACCUUAAAGCGCGCUACUACGACGUCGCGGCAAAGAUGAUGGCGGUCCAGAAGCCCGUUCAGUACAUGACACAGCCCGAGUACACCCUCCACGAGCUCAUGGCCAACUUCAACGCCAACCAGGAGAAGCAGCGCAAGGACUUUGCCAACAACGCGCUUACAAGGAGCAAGGAGGAAGCCAAGGAGGAGGAAUCACUACUGCUGGAGAUCAAGCGCAUCCUCGCACGCAGUGACCGUUUCAACGAGGAGCGUCGGGAGCUGUACAACCGCCUGGACUACCCACACACUGACCAAGACAUCAGCGCAUUCAAGUCCAGCGCCGGCCUACAAACUCUACUGCAGAACCUGAUGAAUGCCGACAAGUCCAAGAAGCGGAAGUCGCUCAUGGCAGCAGACGGCGUCAGCCCCUCCGCGCCUGCGGGUCAACAGCCCGCGGCAGCAGCGGCGGCGGCAACGGCCGCGUCAUCAGACAACAAGGACCGCCGCGAGAGCAUCGCUGCCGCGGCGGCCGCUACGCCAGUGGAGAAGACACACAAGGAACCUCCCAGCAGCGUCGCGCAGACGCCGACGGCGCCGACCGGCGGAAAGAAGGGUCAGCAGGAACGCCGCAAGCUCUCCGAUGCCGACAUGCACGUCUACGGUGUCACACACCACGACCGCCUGUCCAGCGGACCGACAUUCCGCUACGAGAAGAUCAACAAGCUCUUCACACACAAGUCGAACCAGCAGCAGCUGCGUAUCAUGAACACGCUCAACGAGCUCGACAUCCCGCCAAGGCUGGUCAUGCCGACGGCACCGGUAACAGCCCAAUACGAGCUCCUGCUCGGCGCCGUCAACAGUCUGCUCGACGCUAGAAAGGUCACGGACAAGAUUGACGCCGAGAUCAAGCUCGAGCUCGCCAAGAAGGCGGAGCGCGAGAAGGCGAACCAGCCGGAAGCGGACCCCGCUGCCGAGAAGAAGGAGGGCGAAGGCCAGGGCCAGUCUACGGAUGAGAAGAAGGACAAGGCUGCUGCAGGGGGCGAGGGCGAGGGCGAGACAAACGCCGAACCCUCUGCAGCCGCUGAGCCCGCCAAGGCUGAACAACCCAAGACUAACGGGGAUGCCGCCGGUAAAGAGACAACUCCAGCUGCGGAAGCAGAUAAGGCAACCGCUGCUGCGCCGGCCGCGACGGAGGAGGGCAAAGAGGAUGCGGAGAAGGAAAAGUCGGCGCGGCCGGGGAGUAGUGGGGCAACACAUAAACGGAGCGCGAGCGUCAUGAGCGCCGGGGGCGAGGAGAAGAAUGCCAAGAGGCAGAAGAAGUGAAGCAAGUGAAGGCGAUGUACCAUCAAAGUACUGUCAGACAAUCAGGUACUUUGAGUACUUUGCCUCCUCGCUACGCGCCGUGACGAGAUGGAUGAAGUGUCUUACGAUAUGUAUAAUCACACAAAGAUGAGAUUGAAGUUUGAACCUCGAGAAGUCAUCUCCGCGCGUGACCAACCACCCUCUUCCCCUCCCCUCCCCUCCCCU